GUCAAAUGGCCGUUGCGCGAGUCUCGUUGGUUUUCCUAGUGAAAUCAAUUUAGAUGUGUUUCUAAACUCCUUUACUUUGAGGAUUCCUCAUGUUCUGUUUACCCUGCGGAAAAGGAAGAGUCUGCGCGUGGAAGAAACAGCCUUGCACCCGUGACUGAAACAAAAAUCGUAUUGUUUAACCUUCAGUACACACGCGAGAAUUUGCGUGUUGUUUUCAACUUUUACCAACACACAUAUUAACCUAUCGUUUUCACCCCACUUCCAACAGCAAGGUAUACUUACUCCAGGUUCCAUUGACCUUUGGGGUUUGCUGUUGGUAGGUGUACAUUUGUAUAGACUGCACACCCAUCUGCUUCGGCCUCUUUUGUUCUCGACCCCUGCGCUAUGAGCAGAGGUAGAGGAGGGCCUUACAAAGAACAGUACCAACGGCACCCACCAUCCUAUCUCCAGGCAAAGGAGUAUUACGAAAGAGCUGGCCCAUCCACUUCCUUCCCUAGAAGCGGGCCGCAACUCCAGCAGCUGCCUCCAAAUUUCUGUAACAGACCUGUCUGUCCUUUAGCAUCCACACAGCCUCCAUCUCCUGUUAGCCCCUUUGUCGCACCCAUACCAAACGCUACUAAGAAACCUCCCAUCCCUAACACCACCAAUUCCUUUCAUUACCUACAGGUUCAGUUUUUGAGAGGACAGUGCGCUGAGGCGCCGCAGUUCAAAUUCAGUCGCCCAGAACCUGGUCAUUCAACUAAUUCCUCAUUCCAACUGCAAUCUGCUUACAGCAGACAUCCAAAGCCCCACUGUGCUACAAGUUAUUACAACCAGGUCCCUAGUUCUGCCGGAUGCUUAAAUAAACAACAGGUGCAAGGUACAUACCAAAGCUCCAACAGUGAACUGAGCAUACCUGCGGAUGCUCUCUGCAACAGUUUUCAGACCUUGUCCCUAUACCAAAACAAACCCAACAGUGAAGAGAGAAGUUUUGGCAGACCUCCUACUUCAUUUGUUCGAAGUAGACCAAGGAUCAUCACUCUCACUCCAGAAAUCCAGGACCAGGUGCACAGGGCUUUAAAACCAAUUAGAAGUGUCUCAGCAAAAUUGUUAGGCAAAAAAUUACAUCUUCCCAAAAAGAUAGUCAACCAAGCUCUCUACUCACUGGAGCGUUUGCAGAAAGUCUCCAAGCAAGGACUUUCCCCCCCAAAGUGGACUUUAUACAUAAACCCUAUCGAGGGCGAGGAACAUCAAAGGUGUUUUUCAGGGAAGCCCAAACAACUUGAUGUCAAGUUAGAGAUAAAAGGAGUAAUAGAAGAAGAGUGUGACACAGAAACACAGUUUAGGUGCUCUUCUUCUGAGUCAUCUGUCUCAGAAGAAUCUCACUCUUCAGGGCAAAGUCUGCAACAUCAACCUUUCACAAUGUCGGAUCAAAAGCAACUCGUCUUACAGCGCCUCCUGGAAUUAGCGCCGGUAACUGCUCUUGUGCUAGCCAAAAACAUGGGCUUGAGGAGUUCCAAGCAGGUCAAUUCCACCUUAUAUACCCUGGAGAAGAAAGGUGAAGUUGUGAGAGUUAGUAACCGAGACGUCAAUCCGCCCACCUGGGAGCUCUCUGCCCAUCGCAAAGAGAGGAUGAUGAGGACCCUAAAAGCUGCAAAGAGCAGUCAGAUGGAAGAACGUGGUGUUGAGGAGAAGCCUGCCUUACUGCCUGAACCAAUGUCAGAGCUGGAGCCACUGCCGUUUGACGAAAGUUGGAUACCGAAGACUGAAGUGCUGUCUCCUACCACUGUUGAACCCCCAUCUUUAAACUCAAGUCAGGAGGAAGUGACUGUUGAAGGACAGUGGGCUUGCGACGAUAUCCCAGAAUAUCUGAAUGCAAUUCGCAAACAGACAGAUUCAGAGAGAUCAAUUGCCGAUAACUGCAACCCAGUUGGAACUGUUGCUGUGUCUCUGGCUGCCCCACCGGCACAGAACCUUUGGGCAAAAUUGCAAGAAGUUCGUCUGAAGAAUCCUGUGAGCGGCCUAAUGGAGUACGCCCAAUAUUUGGGCCAGAGUUGUGAGUUCAUACUCCUCGACCAGUCGGGACCCUCCCAUGACCCCAGAUUCCGCAUGCAGGUGAUGCUCAAUGGGAGACUGUUUCCAGUUGCCGAAGCCUCCGCAAAGAAGGUCGCAAAGAAAGACGCUGCCGCAGCCACCUUGCUGGUUCUCUUUGGCGAGAUGCAGGGAGGUGUAAGUAGCGGGAAUGAAGGAAGUACUGCUGGUAUAAACCAAACAAUGGACAUUCUUUCCAAAUCUGGUGGCACCAUUGAGGGCUCAGGGGGUGCUUUUGGAGCAGGUACUGUAGAAGUGAUGGGGAUGCCUGAAGGACCUCACCAGCCACUGUCCCGCUCGCUCCCAGGGGGAAAGAAUCCUGUGUCUGUCCUGAUGGAAUACAGCCAGCGCAGUGGGAAUCCCAUUGAAUUUAUCAUCACUGGCCAAGUUGGUCCACCACAUGAUCCAAGAUUCAUGUACAGAGUGAAGGUAGGCGAGAAUCUGUUUGCAGAGGCCUCAGCUCCAAGCAAGAAGGCAGCGCGCCAGCUGGCAGCUGAGGAAGCUGUCAAAGAAUUGAUGGCCGACGGGAGGCUGCAGCUCAACAAGCCCCAGUUGCCCCUCGGCUCCUCCAGUGAUAGUGAUAGUUGUGGGACUUGCCCUUCCCUGCCACCUCUCACAGCAGACGAGUUGCGAGCAGCCCAUGAGGCCGGGGUCGGGGAUCUCAUCAACCACCUGAACAACAACGCCGUGUCAGGGCUUCUAGAGUAUGCCAGGGCCAGAGGGUUUGCUGCUGAGAUCCGCCUGGUGGGCCAGUCUGGAUCGGCACACGAGCCCAAGUUCACAUAUCAGGCCAAACUGGGUGGCCGGUGGUUCCCACCAGUUUGCGCGUCUAACAAGAAGCAGGGCAAACAGGAGGCGGCAGAUGCUGCUCUACGUGUUCUGAUUGGAGAGGCAGAGAGGGCAGCCCGCACCGGGGAGCUGAUCCCUGCUGAGCUUCCUGUGAGUGGCAGCACGCUGCAUGACCAGAUUGCCAUGUUAAGCCACCAGCGUUUCAAUGCCCUGACCACGCGCAUCCAGCACAGCCUGCUGGGACGCAAGAUUCUAGCCACCAUUGUCAUGAGGAGGGGAGAAGGCCUGGGAACUGUCGUGAGCCUGGGAACGGGCAAUCGGUGCGUUAAAGGGGAGGAGCUGAGCCUUAAAGGGGACACUGUGAAUGAUGGCCAUGCUGAAAUUAUAUCAAGAAGGGGAUUUGUCAGAUUUCUGUACAGUGAGUUGCUGAAGCACUUUGAAGGUACAGACAACAGUAUAUUUGAGGUGAUGGAGGACAACAAACUGCGGAUCAAAACCGACAUUACCUUUCACCUCUACAUUAGCACGGCUCCGUGUGGGGAUGGUGCUCUUUUUGACAAGUCGUGUAGCGAGACAGGGGAAGAAGUGGGCUGCCACCAGCCUCUGUUUGAGAAUGCCAAGCAGGGCAAGCUGCGCACCAAGGUGGAGAACGGUGAGGGAACCAUCCCAGUUGAGUCCAGCGCCAUUGUGCCCACAUGGGAUGGCAUCCAGCACGGAGAGAGGCUGCGCACGAUGAGCUGCAGUGAUAAGAUCCUGCGCUGGAACGUACUGGGCCUACAGGGGGCGCUGCUCACUCACUUUCUGCAUCCCAUCUACCUGAAAUCCAUCACGCUUGGCUAUCUGUACAGCCAUGGACACCUGACUCGGGCAGUCUGCUGUAGGCUGGCCAGGGAUGGCGAAGCCUUCAGCCAAAGUCUCCCUCCACCCUUCCAGCUAAAUCACCCUGAGGUUGGCCGGGUCAGCGUAUACGACUCCACACGUCACACAGGCAAGACGAAGGAGUCCAGUGUGAACUGGAGCCUACCAGACCAUACAAGUGUCGAGGUUUUGGAUGGGACCAAAGGCAAACUAGAUGGGAACAAGCUGGCCGUGUCCCGAGUUUCCAAGUCCAACCUGUUCUGUCUGUUCCGCACACUGUGCCAGCGUUGUGGCCGCACCGACCUCCUCUCAAUGCACUCGUACUCUCAGGCCAAGUUGGCGUCCAGCUCCUUCCAGCUCGCAAAGCACCGUUUCUUUCAAGCUCUCGGUGACCACGGCUACGGCGCAUGGAUAGGCAAGCCGUUGGAGGAGAAGAGCUUCGAGGCGCGGGAGGAGACUGCAAGCGUGACCGCUGCGUUCGGCAGCUGUCGGAACGGAGGAGCUAUGGAAUACAACCUGGCAGAGGCAUAGUGUCAGGCUACAUGAUACUUUGGCUCCAGGCCACUUCAAGAGGACAGCAAGAAAAUGACAAUCAAACCACGAUUACCCACUAGUCGUCCAUGUCUCAUCUAGUGGAAACAUGGCUGAAGGCUAAUGAGUGUGUGUUAGGAAAGGACGGAUGAAUGGGAAGGAAGACGAGAUGAUCCAAAUUUUUAGAAGGAAUUGGUUUGAAAAUAACAGAGAUGGGGGCAAAACAUUGACGCAAUGUACGGUGGGUUAUACUAUCUUGUACGUGCGCCAUUUUGUCAAGCUGUAAUCACUGAAAGGUUCACCGACUGAUCAUAAGACCUGCCAGUGGAAUCCUUUAGGCAUUAGAAGAUCCCUCCUGAUGACUAAGGUCAAAGCUGAAAGAAGACCAAGCAGCAAGCUUUAUUUUGCAAUCGUUUGAGUGGACUAGAGGCGCCUGUAGUUUAUUUUCAGCCUGCUAGGUCAAAGCACAUCUAUUCACGUGCUCGUCGUGGUUACCAUAGCACAUCAUACGUCCGUGCAUCUCUUUAAUCAGUCCUAUGCUUUUAUAUAUACACACACACACACACACACACAUACACAUAUAUAUAUAUAUAUAUAUAUAUACACACACACACACACACACAAAAAAGAUGUCAUGCCCUCCAGGCUGCGCAAGAGUUUUUUUUUUUUUUUUUUUUCCAUUUUUGACAACCUGUUAUACCAUGAGGCAACCACCUCCAUAACCAGCACCAUUUCUUUCCCAUUAUCUUUUUGUCCAUAUUUGACCGUUCCUCGUAUGUGGUAAAAGGCCUGAUCCUUGACCCUGAUCACACUUGACAUCUUGAGAUUUUUAUUUUUAUUAUUUUUUUUAGGUGAUAAAAUAUGCAAUCUAAAUGCACAAGUGUGAUCCACAUACCCAAGUCCAGUCGAAACGUAGCCCAAAUAUGUGACUGUGUGUGGGGGCAAUAUAUUUCUGUACUGUAAGAAAAAUACAAUGAUUCUAGCUACUGAGAAAUUUGAAUUUAUGUUUUUAUUUCCACUUGACGCCCGUGGAAAAGCUCUUAAAAAUCCACACUGCAUUUCUUCUUGGAUUGAUUUGAAGUUUGUUCCACCUAAAACCGCCCUCCCCCCCAUUCUUGAUUAUUUUUAAUAACUUAGCGUAUUGUUUUAAAUGUUCCAGCUUUCUUAUUGAUGCCAAUGUAAAAUGCGUUUGAACAAGAUGUUUUAUGUUUCAGUCAGCAUACAGCUUAUGCAUUCUCUUUUAAAAGAUUGGCUCUCUGGACUCCUUGCUUUGCAAUAUGUUGUAGACAGCACGCGUGUGUGCGGAGGUGAGUAUGUGUUUGUAGGUUCAAUGUUGUAUAGAACUAUUUUUUUUGUUUUUUUUUUUUUUUACAAAUGAAAAUUGGAAGUUUCAAAAUUAAUAAAUUAACCAUUUUCCAUUGGAAUGGUUUGGAAUUUUCCUCUCAUCCUUCAUGCAGAAUUCAUACUUCAUCUGAUGAUUAACCCUGAGGCAAAGGGUGCUUUCUUUACCCCAGCACUGAAUAUUAUAGGGCUUUAGGGGCUCUGUGUAACCUUCAGGGGCUGCCCGUCUUGAUUGUGUCAGAGCUGCGCGUUAUCCCUUCUAUGCCGGAAUGUGACUUAGUGGUGUGAUGCUUCUAUACCCUACACGGGGGAAGGUAUGACUAAAAAUGGCUUAUCCGUGAGACUCGCUGGGGUCAGCAGAUGGAAACAUGCACAGCUCAGGGAUUUCGGGGGUGAGAAUGUCAACUAGACCUUGUUGAAU